AUGGUGAGAUACAAUCCAGCAGAAAUUACUGCGCGUUCUGUGACUGACAGGCAACAGGGUUCCUUCACUGUAGAACUCUACAAUGAGCAUGCGCCAAAGAGAGGUUACUAUAACAAUGUCAUCUUCCACCGCAUCAUCCCCAACUUCAUGAUCCAAGGAGGCGAUCCCACAGGCACCGGCAGAGGAGGAACCUCGAUAUAUGGCGAAAAGUUCGAGGAUGAGAUUCAUCCAGGGCUGAAACAUACGGGUGCUGGGGUGUUGAGUAUGGCUAACAGCGGCCCUAACACGAACGGCAGCCAGUUUUUCAUCACCCUGGCUCCCACACCAUGGCUGGACGGCAAACACACGAUUUUUGGCAGGGUCAAGAGUGGCAUGAGGGUCAUUCAGCGCAUGGGACUUGUCAAGACGGAUUCUGAAGACAGACCUGUCGACCCGGUGAAGAUCAUUCGGGCCAGGGUCUUGGAGGAGGGUGCGGAGGAAUGA